GCGUGACCGUCCGGUGGAUCCUGCGUGAUCCGGCUUUCCUUUGCGCCGAGACCGCAACACUACCGCAGUCCCUGUGACACGGCAGACACGACGAAUCUACCAGAGGCAUUUCCGGCGCGGUAACCGAAGUGCACCUACCUACUAGACCUACACUUGCAGAGAGGCAUAAUUUAGCAUAUCUAAUGAAACUUUGAACACGUAGUAAUUAAAAAUGGGCAACCCAUCAGAUCACGUAGAAACUCCGCUUACCGGCGGAUAUCUGCUGAUUGUAUUAGCCGAACCCAGGAGUGCUGAACACAAAUUGGCUAUACUGAAAAAACUCACAAAAGGGCUUUCGUGUUGGAAUUAUGAAGAGAGUGGCGUUGAUAUAGUUACUGAAUUCAAUGCUAUUGUUUAUCAAAAUAUUGAAGGCGAAGAAGGCAAAAAUGGUGAACAACUUUUUCAAUAUGCUAGUGAUAAUUUAGUGGCUGAAAUUCUUAUUAAUCCUCAACACAGUACAUUAGUGCAAUGUGUAAGAAACUUAUUAGCUAGCUUUACAAAAUAUAGAUGCAUCAUUCAUGCGGGAUAUUCGUUUACAGAAAAUGGAUCAUGGAUCCUUCAGGAUGGUUCGUUUUCUGUCACUGACUUCUUAGAUGCAUAUAAAACAGCUGAAGCUCAGCGUACGAUUAGACUACAUGAAAAUCAGAUUCGUAUUGAACUCCAUUGUUCUGCAGACCCUGAUUGGAACCAAGUUAGCCGAGUUAAGGGCACACGAUUUUUGUUAAAUCCACCGGAAAAAAUAGUUGACAUUGAGUCAAUAGAAUCAAUUGUAAGAUGGCUUUGUGAUAAAAUUGAAGUGGCUGAACUUGAUAUACUACUUGAAGGGUCGCAAGUUGUUGGAAAUAUCAGAUUUAGUAGACCUACGCUUUAUGUGUUUCCUGCUGGUCAAGGUGAUUCCGCUUUAUUUGGUAUCAAUGGAUUCAACAUGUUAAUCGACGGAGGAGCGGGAAGAAAUUCUUGUUUUUGGGGUUUUGCGAGACAUUUGGAUCGGUUAGAUGCAGUACUAUUAACAAGACUCAACAGUAGUAAUUUGGAGGGAGUCGCAUCAUUUUUAAAACGAAAAACCAUGUCUUCAUUGUAUCCACAAAUAGGACAUUUUUUCUGUAACUUCAAGACAAGAAAACAAAUAUCAUCUCCUAAUAUAGAUGCUAAACAAGAUGUUCUUUCAAUUAGUUUAAUAGAUACAGCACAAAGCAUUAUAACUGAUCUUAAACAAUUGCAACUUCGUCCGCAUUUAUGUUAUCGAAAUAUAAAUUUAGAGCCAAUUAAUCUAUAUCAUAAAGUUGGUCAUGGAAAAUUAGAUAUGUAUGUAUUAAAUCCUUCCAAAGAUAGUAAAGAGGUAAAAGACUUUUUGACAAAAUGGAAUGAAGGUGAUCAAAAAUUAUUUAAUCCUACCAAAGAUUUACAGUUUCCGUUACCUAACAUUAUAUCCGUCUGUACACUACUAGUAUGGCAACCAGCAAAUCCAAACACUACAAUAACAAGAAUUUUGUUCCCAGGAAGUAGUCCUCAAAAUAAGAUAUUUGAAUCUUUAGAAAGAGUCAGACAUCUCGAUUUUUUAAAGCAUCCUUCAUGUUCUAUCAAAUCAAUGAGUUCAUCUACAUCAGUAACAGUAAAAUCUCAAACAACUAAGAAGACUGUUCUUGAAAAAAUGAUUCCAGGUGAAACUAAAACCGUUAAGACUUUGGAAAAUUUAGAAGUAUCAACAUCAGCCUCAAAUGCUGUUAUACAAACAGCUAUAAUACCAACAGUACCCAAAGAAGGAACUCCAAAGCCAAAGUUCCCUGUUGAAACAGAAAAACCAAAACAAAGUAUAAAGUUAGUUUUGAAAGAAACAGCAAAUGCAAAACCAAAAAUUGAACAUAAAUAUAGUUCAAUUAGCGCAAAAGUAAAUUCCAACAAGAUUGCCCAAAAAAGUACUACCAAAAAAUCGUUGAAAUUAUCAUCUAAAUCUCCUCCAACUGAUAAAUCAUCACCCACUACUCCAAUUGAAAAUCAAGAAAAAGCACCUAAACCAAUUAAACAGGUUAUUAAGCCAAAAUCAACAUCUACAACUACAAAAUCUCCUUCAAGCACUCCUACUAAAAGUAAGAAGGAGGAAGCCAAUCGAAAAGUUUUGGUUUCUUCGAGAACGAAUUCAGGUCUAAAGCGAACUCCAAUAAAUAAAAAAGAAACAAAAACAGCUAAUCCAAAAAUCACGGAAACUUCUUUAAAAAAAGACUCAAAUAUAGUUUAUAAAUCAAGUUUGAUCAGUUGUAACAAAGAUAAAAGUGGCGAAGAAGAAGAUAUUUUGAUUGUAGAGAAAGUAGCAAUUACACCAGAAAAACUAUUGACUCCUGAUGGAAAAAAAAUUAUCGCUAAUGAAUUGGAUGGAAUUUUAACAACAGCCAAGGAUAUUGUAACAAAGGAAAAAUUGUCAGACUCUGGAGCUACUACAGCGCCUACUAUGCCAGAAGAUGAAAAAAUCACUGAAUCAAAAAAAGAAAUUGAAGUUAACGAAUCAGACAAAAAAAUCGAAGAAUUUAAAAAAGCCAAAGAUGCAUUAAAAACACCAGAUGAAGUUGCUGAUUUACCAUUCCAUGAAGAAGCAGAUGAACAAAAACUAAAAGUUGCAGAAAAAGAAAUUGAGUCAGAGAUUGAAACUCAAGAAAUUGUUCAAGUAGAAAACGCCGAAUAUGUACUGGUAUCAUUAGAUUCCUCUCCAGAAGUAUUAAAAAGACAAGUGUUAGACACCGUAGGAUUAUUGGAUACCGAACUUGACGAAGAUUCUGAUAAAGAAGAUGAAUACGUUGAAACAAAACAAAGUACAAUUCUUCCUGAUAUUGAUGAAAAAACUAAAUUAAUAGAACAUUUAUUAGAAUCAUCCAAAGAUUUAUGUGAAAUAACAGAAAAAAUUGAUGAGUUAAAAAAACAAAAUGAACAUGAGAUCACCAAUCACCAAAUUUAUGAUCAUUUACAAAACUCUCAUCACGAUAAUACCAAAACAUCAAAUUGUACGCAAUUAAAUAAACAAGAAAAGCCCACACAAAUUCAAGAAGAAGCAAAUAUUGAAUUACAAGAAAAAGAAUGUAUUGAUGAACAACGUUUGAACAUUGAUAAUGAGAAUGAUAAAGAUAUAUAUGGAAGUAGUCACGUAGAAAAAUAUAAUGCAGAAAAAGGAGAAAACACUCAAAAUUUAAAACAAAUUACGACAACUCAAGGACCAGAUACAAAUUUGGAAAACCUUGCAAAUAUUACAAUGAAUAAAAACGAUUCAAAGGCUUCUAGCAAAGCUGGCACAGUUUGCGAUGAACCACUGACAUCAAUUAGAAGUAGAUCUGGUUCUAAAACAGAAGAACCAGAAAGAAAUACAGAAAACUCCACUGAUAAACAAAGAUCAAAAGCAUCCGAUAAAUCUGGUUCUAUCUGUGACGAACCAUUAAAAUCUCCAGGACCAGAUAUUAGUACUGGCAAAAUUAAAUCAAGUUCAAUUUGUCAAGAACAAGACAAAACGAAUAAUGUAGAGGACAAACAAGAGUCAAAAGCAUCUAGUAAAGCUGGCUCAAUUUGUGAAGAACCCGUUAAAUCUCCAGUUCAUGAAACAAACACAUCAGCUAAUGUGGUUCCAAGUAGAUCUGGUUCAAUAACAGAAGAACUUGAAAAUACUAAUGUUACUGAUGUACAAAGAUCCAAGACAUCUAGUAAAGCUAGCUCAAUUUGUGAUGAGCCAGUUAAGUGUCCAGUUCAUGAAAAAAUCACGACAGCUAAAGCUGCUUCAAGUAGACCUGGUUCUAUAACAAAAGAACGUGAAAUAACAGAAGAAAUGACAAACGAUAAACAAGGAUCAAAAUCAUCCGGUAAAGCGCAUUCAGUUGUUGAAGAACUUACAAUUUCUCCAGGGCUAGAAACUAGCACUGCUAAAAUUGAAACAGGAGAUAGAUCAAGUUUAGUUUCUCAACCGCUCGAUAUAACAAAUGUUUCUGUUACAGAUAAACAAGAAUCCAAAACAUCUAGUAAAGCUAGCUCUGUUUGUGAUGAACCCGUUAAAUCUCCAGUUCACGAAACGAUUAAAUCAGCUAAUGACGUUAUAAAUAGAUCUGUUACUGUAACAGAUAAACCUGAAAGUAUUCCAGACAACGUCACUGAUACGCAAUUAUCCAAAGCAUCUAGCAAAGCGAGCUCCAUUUGCGAUGAGCCAGUUAAAUCUCCAGUUCAUGAAACCGUUAAUACAAUAACCAGUAGAUCAGGUUCAAUAACACAUGAACUAGAAAACACUACGAAUAACGUAACUGCUUCGAAAGCAUCUAGUAAUGCUAGCUCUGUUUGUGAUGAACCCGUUAAAUCUCCAGUUCACGAAACGAUUACAUCAGUUAAUGCAGUUCCAAGUAGAUCUGGUUCAAUAACAGAAGAACCACAAAAUACUCCAGAAAAAGUGACUGAUAUACACAAAUCCAAGACAUCUAGUAAAGCUAUCUCAAUUUGUGAUGAAACUGUUAAAUCUCCAGUUCACGAAACGAUUAAAUUGACGAAUAACGUUAUAAAUAGCUCUGUUACUGUAACAGAUAAAUCAGAAAGUAUUCCAGACAAUGUCACUGAUACGCAAUUAUCCAAAGCAUCUAGCAAAGCGAGCUCCAUUUGCGAUGAGCCAGUUAAAUCUCCAGUUCAUGAAAUAGUCAACGCAAUAACCAGUAGAUCAAGUUCAAUAACACAUGAACUAGAAAACACUAUGAAUAACGUAACUGCUUCCAAAGCAUCUAGUAAAGCUAGCUCAGUUUGUGAUGAACCCGUUAAAUCUCCAGUUCACGACACGAUUGAAUCAGCUAGUGACGUUAUAAAUAGAUCUGUUACUGUAACAGAUAAAUCAGAAAGUAUUUCUGACAAUGCCACUGAUAUGCAAUUAUCCAAAUCUAGCUCUAUUUGCGAUGAUCCAGUUAAAUCUUCAAUUCAUGAAACAAUUACAUCAGUUAACGCAGUUCCAAGUAGAUCUGGUUCGAUAACAGAAGAACCAGAAAAUACUCCAGAAAAAGUUACUGAUAUACAAAAAUCCAAGACAUCUAGUAAAGAUAGCUCAAUUUGUGAUGAAACUGUUAAAUCUCCAGCUCACGAAACGAUUGAAUCUGCUAGUGACGUUAUAAAUAGCUCUGUUACUAUAACAGAUAAAUCCGAAAGUAUUCCAGACAAUGUCACAGAUAUGAAAUUAUCCAAAGCAUCUAGCAAAGCUAGCUCCAUUUGUGAUGAGCCAGUUAAGUCUCCUGUUCAUGAAAUAGUCAACGCAAUAACCAGUAGAUCAAGUUCAAUAACACAUGAACUAGAAAACACUACAAAUAACAUAACUGGUUCCAAAGCAUCUAGUAAAGCUAGCUCUGUUUGUGAUGAACCCGUUAAAUCUCCAAUUCAUGAAACAAUUACAUCAGUUAAUGUAGUUCCUAGUAGAUCUGGUUCAAUAACAGAAGAACCACAAAAUACUCCAGAAAAAGUGACUGAUAUACAAAAAUCCAAGACAUCUAGUAAAGCUAGCUCUGUUUGUGAUGAGCCUAUUAAAUCUCCAAUUCAUGAAACAACUACAUCAGUUAAUGCAGUUCCAAGUAGAUCAGGUUCAGUAAUAGAGGAACCAGAAAAUACUGCAGGAAAAGUUGCCGAUAUACAAGAAUCCAAGACAUCUAGUAAAGCUAGCUCAAUUUGUGAUGAAACUGUUAAAUCUCCAGCUUACGAAACGAUUGAAUCAGCUAGUGAUGUUAUAAAUAGCUCUGUUACUGUAACAGAUAAAUCCGAAAGUAUUCCAGACAAUGUCACUGAUAUGCAAUUGUCCAAAGCAUCUAGCAAAGCUAGCUCCAUUGGUGAUGAGCCAGUGAAAUCUCCUGUUCAUGAAAUAGUCAAUGCAAUAACCAGUAGAUCAAGUUCAAUAACACAUGAACUAGAAAACACUACAAAUAACAUAACUGGUUCCAAAGCAUCUAGUAAAGCUAGCUCUGUUUGUGAUGAACCUGUUAAAUCUCCAAUUCAUGAAACAAUUACAUCAGUUAAUGUAGUUCCUAGUAGAUCUGGUUCAAUAACAGAAGAACCACAAAAUACUCCAGAAAAAGUGACUGAUAUACAAAAAUCCAAAACAUCUAGUAAAACUAGCUCUGUUUGUGAUGAGCCUAUUAAAUCUCCAAUUCAUGAAACAAUUACAUCAGUUAAUGCAGUUCCAAGUAGGUCAGGUUCAAUAAUAGAGGAACCAAAAAAUACUUCAGAAAAAGUUGCCGAUAUACAAGAAUCCAAGACAUCUAGUAAAGCUAGCUCAAUUUGUGAUGAAACUGUUAAAUCUCCAGCUCACGAAACGAUUGAAUCAGCUAAUGACGUUAUAAAUAGAUCUGUUACUGUAACAGAUAAAUCAGAAAGUAUUCCAGACAAUAUCACUGAUAUGCAAUUAUCCAUAGCUAGCUCUAUUUGCGAUGAGCCAGUUAAAUCCCCAAUUCAUGAAACAAUUACAUCAGUUAAUGCAGUUCCAAGUAGAUCUGGUUCGAUAACAGAAGAACCAGAAAAUACUACAGAAAAUGUUACUGAUAUACAAAAAUCUAAGACAUCUAGUAAAGCUAGCUCAAUUUGUGAUGAACUCAUUAAAUCUCCAGUUGAAGAAAUAGUUAAUGCAACAACCAGUAUAACAAGUUCUAUAACACAUGAUCAGGAAAAUGCUACAAAAAACGCAACUGAUUCCAAAGCAUCUAGUAAAGCUAGCUCUGUUUGUGAUGAACCCGUUAAAUCUCCAAUUCAUGAAACUAUUACAUCUGUUAAUGCAGUUCCAAGUAGAUCUGGUUCGAUAACAGAAGAACCAGAUAAUGUCACUGAUAUGCAAAAAUCUAAAGAAUCUAGUAAAGCUAGCUCUGUUUGUGAUGAACCCGUUAAAUCUCCAAUUCAUGAAACAAUUACAUCAGUUAAUGACGUUAUAAGUAGAUCUGGUUCGAUAACAGAAGAACCAGAAAAUACUCCAGAAAAUGUUACUGAUAUACAAAAAUCCAAGACAUCUAGUAAAGCUAGCUCAAUUUGUGAUGAACCCGUUAAAUCUCCAAUUCAUGAAACAAUUACAUAUGUUAAUGCAGUUCCAAGUAGAUCUGGUUCGAUAACAGAAGAACCAGAUAAUGCCACUGAUAUGCAAAAAUCUAAAGCGUCUAGUAAAGCUAGCUCUGUUUGUGAUGAACCUGUUAAAUCUCCAAUUCAUGAAACAAUUACAUCUGUUAAUGCAGUUCCAAGUAGAUCUGGUUCGAUAACAGAAGAACCAGAUAAUGCCACUGAUAUGCAAAAAUCUAAAGCAUCUAGUAAAGCUAGCUCUGUUUGUGAUGAACCCGUUAAAUCUCCAAUUCAUGAAACAAUUACAUCAGUUAAUGCAGUUCCAAGUAGAUCUGGUUCGAUAACAGAAGAACCAGAUAAUGCCACUGAUAUGCAAAAAUCUAAAGCAUCUAGUAAAGCUAGCUCUGUUUGUGAUGAACCCGUUAAAUCUCCAAUUCAUGAAACAAUUACAUCAGUUAAUGACGUUAUAAGUAGAUCUGUUACUCUAACAGAUAAAUCAGAAAGUAUUCCAGAUAAUGUCACUGAUAUGCAAUUAUCCAAAGCUAGCUCUAUUUGCGAUGAUCCAGUUAAAUCUCCAAUUCAUGAAACAAUUACAUCAGUUAGUGCAGUUCAAAGUAGAUCUGGUUCAAUAACAGAGGAACAAGAAAAUGUUACUGGUAUUCAAAAAUCUAAAGCAUCUAGUAAUGCUAGCUCAAUUUGCGAUGAUCCAGUUAAAUCUCCAAUUCAUGAAACAAUUACAUCAGUUAAUGCAGUUCCAAGUAGAUCUGGUUCAAUAACAGAAGCACCAGAAAAUGUUACUGAUAUACAAAAAUAUAAAGCAUCUAGUAAAGCUAGCUCAGUUUGUGAUGAGCCCGUUAAAUCUCCUGUUCACGAAACGAUUGAAUCAGCUGAUGACGUUUUAAGUAGAUCUGUUACUGUAACAGAUAAAUCCGAAAGUAUUCCAGACAAUGUCACUGAUAUGCAAUUAUCCAAAGCAUCUAGCAAAGCUAGCUCUGUUUGUGAUGAGCCUAUUAAAUCUCCAAUUCAUGAAACAACUACAUCAGUUAAUGCAGUUCCAAGUAGAUCAGGUUCAGUAAUAGAGGAACCAGAAAAUACUGCAGGAAAAGUUGCCGAUAUACAAGAAUCCAAGACAUCUAGUAAAGCUAGCUCAAUUUGUGAUGAAACUGUUAAAUCUCCGGCUCACGAAACGAUUAAAUCAGCUAAUGACGUUAUAAAUAGAUCUGUUACUGUAACAGAUAAACCUGAAAGUAUUCCAGACAAUGUCACUGAUAUACAAUUAUCCAAAGCAUCUAGUAAAGCUAGCUCAAUUUGUGAUGAAACCGUUAAUACAAUAACCAGUAGAUCGAGUUCUGUAACACACGAACUAGAAUAUAUCACAAAAAGCGUAAUUGAUUCCAAAGCAUCCAGUAGAGCUAGCUCAGUGUGUGAUGUGCCUGUAAAAUCUGCAGUUCAUGAAACAACAACGUUGAUAAGUCCUGUCACAAGUAGUUCCAAUACCACAUCCCAAGUGUCAGAAAAUAUUCCAGAAAACGAAAUUGAAAAUCAAGGAUCAAAAGCAUCUAGUAAAUCAGGUUCUGUUUGUGAUGAAUUAGUAAAAUCUCCUCUUUGUGAAAACAAAAAAUCAGAAAAUACCAUUAUAAAUGUAUCCAGUUCUAUAACACAAGAACCAGAAAUUAUCACAGAUAAUCAUUGUUCAAAAGCUUCAAGUAAAGCCAAUUCUAUUAGUGAAGAACCGUUAAAAUCGUCGGAACUAGCAAUAAUUAGUCUUAAUGGAAGUGAAUCAAAAAGUGGAUCAAGUUCAGUUAAUCUGGAACAAGAUAUUACACAUGUUUCUAUUAAUGAUAAACAAGAAAGUGGAAAUAGUUCAGUUGGCCAAGAUACAGAAUGUCCACCAACAAUUGGCAUUGGCAAACAUGAUGUUGAAUCGUCCAGUGGAAAAGAUUCGUUUUUCCAGGAUAAGAAUAAAUCCUCAACAUUUUCAUCAAGUAGUACAAGUUCAAUUUGUCAAGAGAUAGAUACUCAAUCUUCAAAACUUUCGAGUAGAAAAAGUUCUAUUGUUGAUGAAUCAAUUGGUAAUUCUUCAAAAUUACAUAGUGGGGAAAAGAGUUCGAGUCUUCAAGAAUCAAAUGUUUAUGAACACAAUAUUGAUAAUAAUACUAAAAUAUUCAACAAAUCUGGAUCCUUGUGUGACGAAAUGCUAAAUCUGCCAUUUAACAAGGUAACAGAAAACAUUUCAAAUAAAACAUAUGAACAAGUAGUUUCUCCAACAACUACUGUUGGAAAUACAGAAUCUAAAAUAGUCAAUAAAAUUGAAUCGAUGUGCGAAGAAUCUAUUAAGCCUGAUAAUGAUGAAAUUUGUACAAAAGAACAUUUAGUUUCAAGUACCUCAAAUUUGAUUCUCCACGAAACAGAAGAGGAAAAAUAUCAACUACCAAGAAAGAGUUCGGUGUUCGAAGAACCACAGAAUUUACUAACUGAGGAUAAUAAUACUAUUUUUUCACCUUCCGACUGCAAUAAAAACAAGUCUAAUGAUACUGAAAGAAAAUCGGAAGAAUCAAAAUCUUUUGGUAGAAUAGGUUCUUUGUGUGAAGAGAUUGCGAAAUUUUUAACUGAUAACGAUGGCAAAAUAUCAACUAAUAUUACAUCUGAAUCGCCGUGUAGCUUAAUUGAAUCUAUUCCUUUAAAAAGUAAUAUAGAUGAAUUAAAAGUUGAAACUGAAACGUUAUUACAACUUAAUAAAAACACUGAUACUUUGAACAAGGUUGAAAAAUCUCUACAGCUUGAUGAUAAAGUUAAAGUUGAUGAAAAACAUGAUAACAUAAAUGAGAAAAACACAGAUCAUAGUCUUCCUGUUAAAAAUAUCACUGUAUCUAAUAAUAAUCCCCCAAAUAUUUCAACAUUAUUGAUUGAAGAAAAUAAUAAGACUGGUAUAAUGAAUGUUGCUCAAAUGGUAGGGAAAAAUAUCAUUGAUGAAUCUCUUACUAAACAUACCGUGAUAACUGAUAAUGAACCUAAGAAUUUAAAAACUGUCACUCCAAUCGCUAAUAUUACUUCAGAAGAAUGUAUUAGUAAAUUAUCAAACGUAUUAAUUGAAGAUGUAGUGAAAACGUCUGAUGAUAAAAAUAUCAUAUGUGAUUCAUCAAUAACAGACAUUUGUAUGAAUCAACCAUUAGGUGUUACUUUGAAUAGCGAAGACUUGGGUGUUACUAAAGAUAUAGUAAUGCAAUUAAAAAGAGAUGUACACGAAGCAUUGCAUCAAUGUAGUAGUGAUGACGAGCGACCAUUUACUCCACAGAGCGAGUCUAGCAUGUCUAGAUCGGCAAUGAAUAUUGAUGAGGACGACGAUGAUAACGAAGACAAUAAAAUUGAAACUGACGAUGACAUGCCCGGCUCUCCUAUGUCUACUAGACCAUCACCCGUACAAAUGCAACUCGAUAAUCGACAUGUAGAAAUUAACAUGGAUUUUAAUAAAGCUUUGCAGGAACAUAGGAAUACUAGGGGUGAAGAUUUGACAACUACUGAAGCAAAUGGUAACCAUGUUACAGAAAUCAAGACAACUGAACAUGAUAAUAUUAACCAAAACCAAGGUACGUCAUCCGACACGGUUCAGAGUUGGGGUAAACCAUUAGGUCUACCACCCGUACAAAGCAUUAAUAAUAACGGUUUUGACCCAAUUCGUGAGUGGGGGAAACCAUUAGGUCUUCCAUCUCCAACACAGCCGAUCCUUGAACUCGCUGAACCUCAAAAUAUGAGUGGCAAGACAACACCCAAGAAGAACGUGAAAAAGAUUAUAGACAACAAACCAAUAAUUAAUGUCAUGGACAAAGACGCGCAAAAUAGAAUCCGACGAUCGGAAUCACCAAGUAAACUCAGGAGUCGAUCAUCAAGUCGAAUGUCCAGAAUUAAUCCCAUUUACCUCGAUCUUAUUUAUGUGCCACAUCAUGGCAACUCAAAAUAUGUAUCUGCUGACUUCUUUAAGCGCGUGCGAGCUAGAAACUACGUUUUUAGCGGUACCGACCCUAGUAAAGAAGUCUUAAAUGCUUUAAUCGAAGGAAAACAAGCUUGGGAGGAUCAAGAUUUAGAGGUCACCAUAAUACCAACUUACGAUACCGAUACACUGGGUCAGUGGGUGGCAGAAAAUGAGGAAUUGCUGACCAAGUUGAAGAUCGAUUUAAGUCCUAGCGCCAGCCGAUGCACGAUUAAACUACAAGAUCAUAACACCAGCUGCUCCGCGUAUAGACUAGAAUUUUAAUUAAAUUAUUAUAUAUAGAUAUUAAUGCGAGUAUUGGCAUAGUCUUCGUCCAUCAUAUUAUUAGUAAUAUAUUGUUAAGUGUGAUAACUGAUAAAACUGUCUGUCCAUUUUACUUCUUAAUGAAAUUUAUGGAUGCUUUAUAUAAUUAUUAGUGUAAACAAGUACAACAAGUAAAUUCGCUUCCGUUCUGAAUUUUUUUUGGCAGAGCGUGCGAAUAAACAAUGCACACUAAAUUACAAGACUGGACAAUCCAUCCUGGGUAGUUCUACUUUUUUUCUUUCUAUUGCAUAUGAAAAAAUUAUAAUAUAAUGAAUUAUAGCUACUUUUUAUUCAUUCACAUUUUUUUUAGUACCAACACCAGACGCUUCUAUUUCACUUUAACCAACUUUAUUAUUGUUCAAUAAUUACUUUUCUUCAUUCUUCUUAAAAUAUUUACAGUAAGAUAGGUACGCAAUGCAUAUGCUUUAAAAAUGUUUACUUAAAUAUAUGUAUUGUGUAAAGUAAAAGAUACUUAAUGAAACUAGCAGAUAUUUUAUGAUAAAUAGUUUAUACAAAUUCGCUUUGGGAAUUGGAAUUUAAAUAUGUCGAAAACGUUGUGAUGAACAUUUUUAAUAAUACAUUUUUACGAACUGACUGUACGACAGGGUAAUCGGAGAGACCGUUUAAAAUCGGAUAUCAAAAUUGCUGAAUAACCUCUAUACCUAAUAAUAUGUUUUAGUUAUUUAAUUUUUAAUCCCACAAACAAUUGUUUGACUGUUCGACAUUGAACAAAUUAUGGUAGGUACCUAAUAUUUUUAAGAAUCCUUUAUUUAUACUGAUCCAAACAUUGAGUCCAUGUUAAUAUUUAAUUAAACACCUGGUGUAGGUACCUAGGUAUUUAUUCAUCAUAAAUAUUUUAUUCCGAAUUAUUGUUAUUAUAGGCUAAACCGACUAAUAUGUUAGUCUGUUGUCAUCAUCUGACAUCUAUCAGUAUCUUCCAAUUUAUUAGACUAGUUUGAAAAAUAUAUUAAUUGAAAUGCUUAUUUAUGUUUGUCAGAAUUAAUUUUAUUAUUAUUUCACAUUAUAUUUGAUUAUAGAUCAUCGUGGAAAAUAUGAUAUUUGUCCAUGCGUAUAUAGGUACAUAAGAAUAAUAUUAAUAAGUAGGUACUGCGUUUUGCAUUUCGAUUUCUUCGGGGGUAAAGAUGGAUAAUAAUUUUUAAUGGCGCACCUUAAUGAAAAACCUAUUAACGACAAUAAUAAUAAAUUAAUAAUUAUAGUUGAGAAACCACUAUAACCAGUGAUAGACAUUAGUUUGAUUACUGUUCAUCGAGCUUAUGAUUUAUUUUUGGGUAUUACUAUCGUAAAUUAGAAUCACUAUGUAUAAUAAUAAUAAAAUGUACAACUAUAACGCGUCAACGCGAAUAAUUUCUGUCCAAAACACUCCUACUUCGUUACGUCCAAUUUCUCCAUCCUCUCUUCCACACACAGUAACUAUAUUAAUUAAACAUAAUUUUACCCCUAUUUUAUUUUAUUUAUUACUGCAUUGUUAACAUUAUCAAUGGUUAUGCGUUAUUACAUAUUAUAACUUAUGAGUAUUAAAUGUGGUUUGUAUGAAUCUAUGUAUUUCACUGUACGGCGUAGUGCGUACGCAUGCAUAAGUGAAUUAAACACUAGAAAAUUAUAAUAUCUUUAUUCAAACUAGAUCUUAUCCAAAAGCAUUGUCUACUUAUAUGUGUGGCUUUGUGUUUCUUAUAUUAUAAAAAGACAUAACUUUACACGUAUCUAUACAAUAUUUUUUAUCCACAUUCAUAGCUCGUCGACCUACUUCGAAGGCUUGGUAUGAUUAUUAUUUAGGAUUCGUGAAAGCUUUUUACGAGUCAUUUUUUAAAUGGUGCUAUGUUCCGUCAAGGAUAAAGUUACUCUGAUGACUUAAGAAAAAACGUGAUUUAUGUAUUUUAGUUUUUAAAAAUGUUAGUAUCAUUAUACAUUAAUCUUUUAUACGGAUAGUUAAUUGUAUUGAAUAAUCAUAACAAUAUAAUAUUAAUUCAUUGAAGUGUGUUUUACAGAUGAACUCGUUGCAUUAGGUUUAUUACUGUGUAGCUUAAGUUUAUAGAUUAUUUUUUAAUUGUAUUUUAUAUUUUUAUCUUUAGUGAAUUUAAAAAAAAAGUUAUCAUUUAAAAAAUUACGCAGUCUGCACGAUCUUCUAACAUAAUACCUAUACGAAUCGAUUUUUGCAUUUGCAUAUUAAAAACAAUAUUUUGUUGUGUUAUUAAUAAGUCUAAUUUAUCUGUUAUUACAUAUAUUAUAUACCUAACGUAUAUUACUUAGCUAUUUACAAGUUUAUAUAAAUGUUAUCUAAGCGUUAAUACAAGUGGAGUACACAAUUUUAAGAAAAUACUUGAUUACAUUUUGCAAGUAGAUAAAUAAAUAGCUUGUGAUAAUACAGAAUUUUGUUUUAAAUUUUAAUACAUAAUGUUUUAUUUCUUUAAUUUUACAUUUUUUUCUUAUAUAAUAUUAUGUGAAAUUUAUCAAUGCUAUUAAAAGAAAAUGCUUAUGUUGUUCUUA